AUGGCGGGGCAUUUGCGACGAGAACUGGGUCGCCCCUCCUACCCUUUCCCGGUGCAGAGCCUGCAUCUCGGCAACCUCCCGGCGGUUCCCCAGCACGAGACCACCCCGCCCGGCUUCUUGGCCGACGCCUUCAGCGGGGCGACGGCCGGCCAGGCCUUUGGCUUCAAGCCCGACUACGGCCCCCAGGGAGGGAUCGGGGAGCCUUAUCCCGGCGGGGGUGAAGUGCCUCGUACCUGGUACCCCUUUGCUCCUCCGGGGGAUGGCUGGGGACCCCCUCCCGGGUUCACGGUAAGCCCUUAUGCCCUCGCUCAGCCCGGAGAAACCUGUCAGGCUUCCAAGGCCGAGAUCAAAGUCGAGCGCGACUUCGACCAAGCGGGCCCCUAUUACGGAGGGCAUCCCUGGGCCGGCGGGUGUCUGGUCCCUUCGGAGGCCGCUUCGCCCAGUCGGGAUUCCGAGCCUUCCAGCAGCCCCGCCAGCCAGCCCGAAGAGGUGACCAGCAGGGAGACCAGUCCCCGGAGCGAUGGUAGUCCUACCCCCAGCGAGCAGAUGGCCUCGGAGGAAGCGAAAGAUGAAGAGGGCAGCGGAGAAGAGGUAGGAAUGGAGGAAACAACCACUACAGAAGAGCUGGAACAAUUUGCUAAGGAACUCAAACACAAAAGGAUCACCCUGGGCUUCACUCAGGCAGACGUAGGACUGGCCCUGGGUUUGCUCUAUGGGAAGAUGUUUAGUCAAACCACCAUCUGCCGCUUUGAAGCUUUGCAACUCAGCUUCAAGAACAUGUGUAAGCUGAAGCCCCUUCUUCAGCGUUGGCUUCAAGAGGCUGACAGUAACGAGAAUUUGCAGGAGCAACUGUGCUCCAUGGAGUCGGCCAUGAUCCAGGCUCGGAAACGCAAGCGCACCAGCAUUGAGAACAACGUGCGGGGUUCCCUCGAGUCGUACUAUCUGCGCUGCCCCAAGCCUAACCUGCAGGAGAUAUCCCAGAUUGCUGACGACCUCUGCCUGGAGAAGGAUGUAGUACGCGUCUGGUUUUGCAACCGCCGUCAGAAGGGCAAGCGCAACCCAGGAGCUGGGUCUCGGGAUGAAUCCGAUGGUCCUAUUCUACCUCAAGCUUGUCCUCAUGGGCCGCUCCAAGCUCCGCCCCACGGUCUUGGCUCCGCCCAUCACCAGCUGUCCCCACCGCCCCAGGGCUACAACACAACUACUUUUGCUGCUGUUUACGUGCCGCAGUUCCACGAAGGAGAAGUUUUUAUCGCUCCCGCCUCGACCUCGGCCGUGAUGGGGCACCCAAUGCAUUCCACCUGAGCAGCCUGCCUGCCUGGCAAACCUCAGCGUCUUUAAUUUUUAAUCUCAGGGAGGUCCUCCUGCCGUUUUUUCUUUCUUAUUUCUUAGAUUUGUUUUCCUUUAGGAAAGGAAAGGCUCAGAGCUUCGGCUUUUGACCGUCUUUUACAUUCAGGGAUACAAAACUUCUUGAUGAGGCUUUUUUUUAAUCAGGGUUUUAAAAAAGAUUUUUGCAAUGAUGAUUUUUAAUAUUUUGACAAAGGAAAAGCUACUUCUAAAAGCCGCUUUCGUUUCCAACCCUUUUUGGUCUCUUUAUAGGAUCCGUAAUACCUUUAUUUAGUUUGGCCUGCAUACAUAUUUACCCACCCCCAAAUCCAGAUGCUCCUGUC